AUGACUAUCUCCCAAAGCAACAAUGAGAGCAACGGCACGCAGCCACCAAGAAUCCCAACCACACAAGGAUAUGGCCAGCAUCCACUACACGACAGAUCACAGAGGCCAUUAAAAGUCAUCGUCGUGGGUGCAGGCCCUUCAGGAAUCGCAGCGUUGAUUGAGUUGAAGAAACUCCCGCACGUUGAGAUUUUAUGCUUUGAGAAGAAUGCUAAUGUUGGAGGAACAUGGUUGGAGACAAGGUACCCUGGUGCCGCGUGUGAUGUUGCAAGUCACGCCUACCAGUAUUCGUUUGACUACAAGACGGAUUGGUCCCGACACUUUUCACCGGCCGAGGAAAUUGGCGAGUACUUCAUCUCAGUGGCAAAGAAGCACGAUCUAUACAAUAGAAUCACCUUCAACUCCCGUGUGAUUGGCGCCGAGUGGGACGACGAUACAGGGCUUUGGCGGGUUCAGGUUGCGCGUGACAUCUCACCUGAGAGCGAUGCUAUCGUUGAAGACCACCAUGCUCAUGUUUUCAUCAACGCGGGCGGUAUUUUGAAUGAUUGGAAGUGGCCUGAUAUCGAGGGCUUGCACAACUUUAAAGGAAAACUGAUACAUACAGCUGCUUGGGACCCCGAGAUCGAUCUCAAAGGAGCGUCUGUUGGCAUCAUCGGAUCCGGCGCAAGCAGCAUACAGGUAGUCCCAACCAUACAGCCAUUAUGCGACAAAAUCGACGUAUAUGUGCGAUCACCUACAUAUAUUCUUCCGACAGUUGGGUUCGGCAUAGAGUCCUCUAACUUCAACGCGCCAUAUACUGCGGCAGAUAUCGAGCGGUUUAACAACGACCCGGAGUAUUACAAGGCGUUCCGAAAACAGAUUGAACAACAGAUGAAUGAGAACUUUGCUGCUAGCAUUAAGAACUCAGAGGCACAGGAGAAGGGCAGACAGUGGGCAGAAAAGAUGAUGAGUUCAGCAAUUGCCUCACCAGAGCUGAGAGAGAAGCUCAUUCCAAGUUGGGAGCUAGGAUGCCGGCGACUUACUCCCAGCCUACCGUAUCUCAAAGCAAUCCAGGAGCCCAAUGUGAAUGUCAUCCGAACGGGUAUACGCAGGAUCACUGAAAAGGGAAUUGAGACGGACGAUGGUGAGGUUCAUGAAGUAGACACUCUUAUCUGUGCAACUGGAUUCAACACUUCUUUCUCUUCCAGAUUCAACAUCGUUGGUCGAAAUGGUAUGAGUCUACGUACUAUGUGGAAGGCUAGAGGUCCAGAAGCCUACCUUGGAAUGGCCAUUGCAGGCUUGCCCAAUUACUUCACUCUGUUAGGGCCUAACUGUCCCAUCGCCAAUGGUUCUCUGAUUCCAUGCAUCGAGUCAAGCGCCAAAUACAUCGUGAAAGCGAUCACAAAGAUCCAAACAGACCAGAUUCGCUCUUUGGAUGUGAAGCAACCCAUCCAAGGCGCGUUCAAUGACUAUGUUCAAGAAGUCCACAAAGACCUUGUCUGGACAGGAUCUUGUCAGAGCUGGUAUAAGGACCGGAAGUCAGGCCGAGUCGUUGCAGUCUGGCCAGGAUCAAGCAUUCAUUUCAUGGAGAUGAUUGCUAGCCCACGAUGGGAAGACUUCGAAAUCAAGUACAUAAACUCAAAUCCAUUUUCGUUCAUGGGCAAUGGUAUAUCUCAGCGCGAGGCGAGGGGCGAAGAUCUCACAUACUAUCUCGAUGAUAUGAUACCGGAAGUGAAGGCAUGA